GGAAAGGCGGCUGACAGCCGUGAUGUAAAUAUCGAGUUGGCUAACAUAUUAGCCAAGUGUUUUCUUUUAUUCGACACGGUUUUACAAAUAAACGCCGGGCAGUUUGUUUGUCAAACCAUAAAAACCCCUUCGCGACUAUUUUAAGAGAUGAACAGCACCGGGAAUAAGAGAGCACCAACAACAGCAACACAGCGCCUCAAACAGGAUUAUCUCAGAAUAAAGAAAGACCCUGUGCCUUACAUCUGUGCUGAACCACUUCCUUCAAAUAUAUUAGAAUGGCAUUACGUUGUUCGGGGACCAGAGAAAACACCGUAUGAAGGUGGAUACUAUCAUGGAAAAUUGGUAUUCCCGCGGGAAUUUCCCUUCAAGCCACCUAGUAUUUAUAUGAUCACGCCGAAUGGGAGAUUCAAAUGCAACACAAGGUUAUGCCUCUCCAUUACCGACUUCCAUCCGGACACGUGGAACCCCGCCUGGUCCGUCUCGACCAUCCUCACGGGGCUGCUAAGUUUCAUGGUGGAGAAAGGCCCAACACUGGGAAGCAUCGAGACAUCCGAUUACACUAAAAGACAGCUGUCUGCACAGAGCUUGGCUUUUAACUUAAAAGACCGAAUCUUUUGUGAACUGUUUCCAGAAGUUGUUGAGGAGAUCAAGCAGAAACAAAAGGCUCAGGAGGAGCUCAAUUCACGGCCGCAGGUUCUGCCGCUUCCAGACGUGGUGCCAGAUGGAGAGCAGGGUCACUUCGGGCUCCCAGAGAUGAAUGGGCACGUCCCUUUGGGAGAAGCAGCGGCUCCUCAGCACCUUCCCCUCCAGCAGGCUAACCGCAAUCAUGGACUCCUUGGCGGAGCACUUGCAAACCUGUUCGUAAUAGUGGGCUUUGCUGCCUUUGCUUAUACGGUAAAAUAUGUACUCCGGAGCAUAACCCAGGAAUGAGAAAGGACCUCACUGUACUGGGCUGAAAACACUUUUUGUGGAUAUCAAGUCACCAAAGCUCCCA